AUGGCAACCUACGAAGUCGAACAUAACAUCCCCGCCUCAGAAGCGCAAGCCCAGCGCGAAGGCGAACGCGAGCGGUCUCACAGCACAUCCGACGACAUCUUUAUACGGAAUACCACUGGCUCUACUGGCUCUUCGGGCGGAUUCGCAUCCGCAGAAACAGCAGCAGCAGGCGCAGGAUACCAUCACCCGCGCCGCCCGGAUCUUUCGUCGUUUUUCUCUGCGCUAGAACUCGUCGAUACAGAGGGCACCUCGGAUCGCGCGCAUAAUAAUAUCCAUGCCAUCCCGACGCCGGGAGACGUGGCGGCGACGUUUCGCACAUUGGCAGAUGCCUUUGCUGUCAUGAGGAGAGAUGGCGCUGGUGGAGUCGACUUGGGUGCGGGAGCGGGCGUUAAUGUGGCGGGAGCGGGAACGGGGGCUGCGACAAGAGCUGGUGCGCAGGAACAGGAGAAUGGGGGAUGGGAAUCGCUCAUGGACCAGCUCAUUGAGCAAUUACUCAACGAAGCAGACAUGCCGCCGCGCGAAGUCCGCGGUGUCGGCCAGGGUUUCUUAGACGCGCUGGAUCGCGUUCCCAAGAAAUCUCUCAAGGAGGGAGAUACUUGUCCGAUUUGCAAUACGCCUUUUCUUGAAGAUCCCUACCCCCUCGUCGUCCGCCUGCCAUGCCACCCCUCGCACGCCUUUGACCUCGAAUGCAUCGGCCCCUGGCUGCGUCUGCACGCCACAUGUCCGCUCGAUCGCAAGGACCUGCUCGAGCGCCGCACGCGCGACGGCCACGUCGUUACGCCUGUGAGUGCCGUCCAGCCUGGCACGAGGUCCGGUGCCACUAGUUCCGGUAUGUCCGGCUCGGGGCCCGGUUCCGGGGCUGGGGCUGGUGGAAAUGGAAGUGGAAAUGGAGCAGGAGCAGGAGCGGGGGCAGAGGCAAAAGGUGCACAGCAGCCUGAAGAGGAAGAAGAAGAAGAAGAAGAGGAAGAGGAGUGGGAUGAUAUGUACAUGUAA